AAACAGUCAGCUACCAGAUCAUGGCUUGUUAUCCACUUUUAGGCCUCUCGCUUCACUUGACUUUCUUAGCUACAUUAAGCAACUUGACCCUCUUUAAGAUAACAGAGGAGGAAGUUCAUCCCUUUCUGUACAGUACUGGAUCAUCUUACUUGGGUGAAGUUUUAAAGCUUGAUCAUGGCUGAAGAUCUGGGAAAGCCAUUGCUGAAUCCCGAGGACUUCAACCGGGAGGGAAUUGAUUUGGAACGAUUACCAUUGGACGAGGUUUUUGAACAACUGAGAACAACCCGAGCAGGACUAACAACUGAAGAUGCUGAAGCUCGAUUGAAGAUUUUUGGUCCCAACAUGCUUGAGGAGAAGCCAGAGAACAAGUUUUUGAAGUUUCUAGGUUUUAUGUGGAAUCCUUUGUCAUGGGUUAUGGAAGCUGCAGCAGUGAUGGCAAUUGUCCUUGCCAAUGGUGGAAGUGAGGGCCCUGACUGGCAGGACUUUAUCGGGAUUAUUUGCCUGCUGCUUAUCAACUCAACAAUUAGUUUUAUAGAAGAAAACAAUGCUGGCAAUGCUGCAGCAGCACUUAUGGCCCGUUUAGCUCCAAAAACAAGAGUUCUUAGAGAUGGGCAGUGGCAAGAGCAAGAUGCAGCAAUUCUUGUACCAGGAGAUAUAAUUAGCAUAAAACUUGGGGAUAUUAUCCCCGCAGAUGCCCGCCUGCUUGAAGGUGACCCACUAAAGAUUGACCAGGCAACACUUACUGGGGAAUCACUCCCUGUAACCAAGAGGACAGGAGAUGAAGUUUUUUCUGGUUCAACUUGUAAGCAUGGUGAGAUUGAGGCAGUGGUCAUAGCCACCGGAGUUCACUCUUUCUUUGGGAAAGCAGCACAUUUAGUGGACAGCACAGAAGUUGUUGGACACUUCCAGCAGGUCCUCACUUCCAUCGGGAACUUCUGCAUUUGCUCAAUAGCUGUUGGGAUGAUUCUUGAAAUCAUUGUCAUGUUCCCUAUCCAACAUCGUUCAUACAGGGAUGGAAUAAACAACCUUCUUGUUCUCUUGAUUGGAGGAAUUCCGAUAGCUAUGCCAACUGUACUAUCCGUCACACUAGCAAUUGGUUCUCAUCGACUUUCUCAACAGGGUGCCAUUACAAAAAGGAUGACUGCAAUUGAAGAAAUGGCAGGAAUGGAUGUCCUCUGCAGUGACAAAACAGGAACUCUAACCUUGAAUCGCCUUACAGUUGACCGAAACCUUAUUGAGGUUUUUAACAAAGACAUGGACAAAGAUACGGUUGUUCUGCUUGCAGCGCGAGCGUCAAGACUAGAGAAUCAGGAUGCCAUUGAUGCAGCCAUUGUCAACAUGCUUGCUGACCCAGGGGAGGCUCGAGCAAACAUCAGAGAAGUUCACUUCCUUCCAUUUAAUCCAGUGGACAAACGUACCGCAAUAACAUACAUAGACUUUAAUGGCAAUUGGUACCGUGCCAGCAAAGGAGCUCCUGAACAGAUUCUAAAUCUGUGCAAAGAGAAAAAUGAAAUUGCUGGAAAAGUACACACCAUUAUUGACAAAUUUGCUGAAAGGGGCCUGCGUUCUUUGGGAGUUGCUUUUCAGGAAGUUCCAGAAAAAACCAAGGACAGUCCUGGAGGCCCUUGGACAUUUUGUGGGUUGUUGCCCUUAUUUGAUCCUCCAAGACAUGAUAGUGCUGAGACCAUCCGUAGGGCACUUAACCUUGGAGUUAACGUUAAGAUGAUUACAGGCGAUCAGUUGGCAAUUGCAAAGGAGACAGGCAGAAGACUUGGCAUGGGAACAAACAUGUACCCUUCUUCAUCACUGUUGGGACAUGACAGAGAUGAAAAUGAAGCUCUUCCGAUUGAUGAACUUAUUGAAAAGGCAGAUGGCUUUGCUGGCGUAUUCCCUGAGCACAAGUAUGAAAUUGUAAAGAUUUUGCAAGAAAAGAAGCAUGUGGUUGGAAUGACUGGAGAUGGUGUGAAUGAUGCACCUGCUUUGAAGAAAGCAGACAUUGGAAUAGCAGUGGCUGAUGCUACAGAUGCUGCAAGGAGUGCUUCAGAUAUAGUCUUAACUGAGCCUGGAUUAAGCGUGAUAGUAAGUGCUGUCCUGACAAGCAGAGCUAUUUUCCAAAGAAUGAAGAACUAUACGAUAUAUGCUGUAUCUAUUACCAUCCGUAUUGUGCUUGGUUUUGUGCUUUUAGCACUGAUAUGGGAAUACGACUUUCCACCAUUCAUGGUUCUGAUCAUAGCAAUACUUAAUGAUGGAACCAUCAUGACUAUUUCCCAAGAUCGAGUAAAGCCAUCUCCAAGGCCUGAUAGCUGGAAGCUGAAUGAAAUAUUUGCCACUGGCAUUGUCAUUGGAACCUAUCUUGCUUUGAUUACCGUACUCUUUUACUGGAUUGUGAUUGACACUGAUUUCUUUGAGAACCUCUUCAAUGUGAGGUCUCUAUCUGACAAUAGUGAGGAAGUCUCGUCUGCAAUAUAUCUGCAAGUUAGCAUCAUCAGCCAGGCUCUCAUAUUCGUCACUCGCAGUCAGAGUUGGUCAUUCCUGGAGAGACCUGGAGUCCUCCUGAUGUGUGCAUUUGUUGUGGCUCAACUGGUGGCUACCAUAAUUGCUGUGUAUGCACAUAUUAGCUUUGCUUAUAUCAGUGGCAUUGGUUGGGGAUGGGCUGGUGUUAUAUGGUUAUAUAGUUUAAUCUUCUAUAUACCCCUGGAUAUUAUCAAGUUCACGGUUCGUUAUGCUUUGAGUGGAGAAGCCUGGAACCUCGUAUUUGACAGAAAGACUGCAUUUACUUCGAAGAAAGAUUAUGGUAAAGAAGAUAGGGCAGCUCAGUGGGUUCUUUCUCAAAGGAGUCUCCAAGGUUUACCUGCUAUAGAGGAGUUCAAUGGUAGAAGAUCACGAUCUUCCUUGAUUGCUGAGCAGGCCAGGCGGCGUGCUGAAAUAGCCAGAUUGGGAGAGAUGCAUACUUUAAGAGGACAUGUAGAAUCAGUUGUGAGGCUUAAGAAUUUGAACCUCAUCCAAGGUUCUCACACAGUUUGAGGCCAUGACGUGAAUAGGGCAUUCUUCAAUUUCCUAGUAAUGGCAACUCUGGCAACAGUUGCUCCCCAAUUCAUGUCAUUUACAGUCUGCAAACGAAAUCAACAUUCAUUGUCCAAGUCACUGAGGAGGAGACGAGUUCUUCGCUAUGACAGUCUCUAUUCUUUGGCACUCAAAGGUCAGGGAUGCAUCUGAGCAGACUUGUCAAUGUCAUAUCUUAAUUUUUGAUAUCAAAGAGGGCUAUUUGUUCUUGAGAUUUUGAAACCUUCAUUUUUGUUUACCAAGAUCUCUUAUAAUAUUUAGGCAAAUCUCAGCAACAUAGUUAUACUACCACAGUUGAAUUUUCUUUUUGAUGAACUUUAUGAACUUCAAAUUGUCCAGAGAUGGAAUAAAACACUUCAUACUUU